AUGCGGGGACUCCACAUUGCUCGCGUCCUGGCCGGUCUCGGCACGCUCUUAGUCCCAUCGUUAGCUCAGGGCGAGACCCCCGUUCACGAAGCCGGUCGCUGUGCGAUCCGGGGCCACUGUGGGAAACAGUCGUUUUUUGGUGGAGAGCUACCCUGUGCCGAUAAUGGCCCGGCGAAGGAACCUGACGCCGGGACGAGGGAGAAGUUGGUGGGCCUCUGCGGCACCAAGUGGGAGGAAACAGCGGUGUGCUGUGUAGAGGAACAGGUGGAUGCGUUGGCCAAGAACCUGAAGCUGGCCGAGGGCAUCAUCUCGUCGUGUCCCGCCUGUCGGGAGAACUUCUUUAACAUCUUUUGCACCUUCACCUGCUCUCCCGACCAGUCCCUGUUCGUCAACAUCACCGAGACCGACGAUGCAGGCAAGGGAAAACGCCGCGUCACCGAGCUGGAUAAUCUCUGGUCGGAGGAGUACCAGAGUGGCUUCUACGACAGCUGCAAAAACGUGAAGAAUGGCGCGUCGGGCGGAAAGGCGAUGGAUUUCAUCGGCGGAGGCGCGAAGAACUACCAGGGCUUUUUGAAGUUUCUGGGAGACAAGAAGUUUUUGGGCAGCCCCUUCCAGAUCAACUAUGAGACCGACCCCGGGCCCGAUGCCGACGGUAUGAAAGCCUUGCCCGACCACCCCAAAGCCUGCAAUGAUCCCGACAAGGCGUUUCGUUGCUCUUGCGUCGAUUGUCCGGACGUCUGUCCGGAACUGCCCGCCGUGGAAACCGAUGAGCACUGUUACGUCGGCCUGCUACCGUGCCUCUCAUUUUCGGUCAUCCUUAUGUAUUCGGUGUUCUUACUCUCCGUGGUCGCGGCGACCAGCUACUUCACGUACCGGGAUUGGCGCCAUCGCAAGUCCGACCGCGUCCGGCUCCUGCAGGACCCGGAUUCCAGCGACGAGGAGGACGAGGGCGACAUCGUCUACGCGGGAGGCUAUCUUGAGCAGUCGCGAGGUGAAUAUAAGUUGAACUCGACGUUGGAGAGUUUAUUUAGCCGCAUUGGCGGCGCGUGUGCCCGGUUCCCCGCCCUGACCACCGUGUCUAGUGUAGUGGUCGUGGGGCUCUUGAGCCUUGGGUGGCUACGGUUCGCAGUGGAAACCGACCCCGUGCGGUUGUGGGUGAGCCCGACGUCCGCGGCUGCCCAGGAGAAGGCAUAUUUCGAUGCCAACUUCGGCCCCUUUUACCGGGCCGAGCAAGCGUUUCUCGUGAACGAUUACGGGCGGGUCCUGAAUUACGAGACCCUGAGCUGGUGGUUCGACGUGGAAUCUCGCGUCCGCCGCAUGAUCUCCCUGGAGCGUGAGCAGUCUCUGGACGAGAUCUGCUUCAAACCCACUGGUGACGCUUGUGUCGUUCAGUCGCUGACCGGAUAUUUCGGCGGGUCCGUCAACAACCUCGACCCUGAAACCUGGCGCGACAGGUUGCAGCACUGCGCGGAUUCGCCCGGUGACGUCAGCUGUCUCCCGGAAUUCGGCCAGCCGCUCAAGCCGGAGUUGAUUCUCGGCGGCUAUGAAGACACCGGCGAUGUCUUGGACGCACGGGCCCUGGUGGCGACCUGGGUGGUCAACAACCAUGAGCAAGGCACCACCGCCGAAGCGAACGCCAUUGACUGGGAGAACAGCUUCAAACGGAUCUUUGAGGUGGUCCAGGAGGAAGCCCAUGAGAAGGGCCUGCGCGUCUCGUUCAACACCGAAGUGAGCAUUGAGCAGGAACUGAAUAAGUCUAGCAACACGGACGCCAAGAUCGUCGUUAUCAGUUACGUGAUCAUGUUCCUCUACGCCUCCCUGGCCCUGGGCUCCGUCACCGUCACCUGGCGCUCUCUCCUCUCCAACCCGUCCAACGCAUUGGUCCAGUCCAAGUUCUCCCUGGGCAUUGUGGGAAUCGUCAUUGUCUUGAUGUCCGUAUCCGCUUCGGUUGGGUUGUUUGCGGCUGCGGGUGUCAAGGCCACCUUGAUCAUCGCGGAGGUGAUUCCGUUCCUCGUGCUUGCGAUCGGCGUAGACAAUAUUUUCCUAAUCGUCCACGAGUUCGAGCGCGUCAACGUCAGCGACCCCGACGAAGAGAUCGACGUGCGGAUCGCGCAUGCGGUGGGCCGGAUCGGCCCCAGCAUCUUCCUGUCGGCCGUCACGGAGACAGUGGCCUUUGCGCUCGGCACCUUUGUGGGAAUGCCGGCAGUGCGGAACUUCGCCAUCUACGCGGCCGGUGCCGUCUUCAUCAACGCGGUCCUGCAGAUCACCAUGUUCGUCUCGGUCCUCGCCUUGAACCAGAAGCGCGUGGAAAGCCUUCGCGCUGACUGCCUCCCCUGCCUGACCGUGCGCAAGGCGCAGUCUGGCGCGCCGGGAGACCCCCUCUACGACGAUUUCGAAGACGAGGGCAUCCUCCAAAACUUCAUCCGCAAGAUCUACGCACCCUUUCUCCUCGAACGCCGGGUCAAGGCGGUCAUUGUGAUGGUCUUUCUAGGAGUCCUGACCGCUGGGUUGGCUUUGAUUCCGGAAGUAGAGCUGGGACUGGACCAACGCAUUGCCCUUCCGAGCGACUCGUACCUUAUCCAGUACUUCGAUGAUAUGAACGCGUAUUUCCAAAGCGGGCCCCCGGUGUAUUUUGUGACUCGGGACGUGAACGUGACGGAGCGGAGUCACCAGCAGCAGUUGUGCGGGCGGUUCACCUCCUGCGAGGAGUACUCCUUGCCAUUUGUGCUGGAGCAGGAGUCCAAGCGACCCAACGUGUCCUACAUCUCCGGCUCGACCGCUAGCUGGAUCGACGACUUCUUCUACUGGCUCAAUCCGCAGCAGGAUUGCUGCGUGGACGAUGGCAAGCCCUGCUUCGAAGGCCGCAACCCGGCAUGGAACAUCUCCCUGCACGGCAUGCCCCAGGGCGAGGAAUUUGUGGACUAUGCGCAGAGGUGGUUGCAUGCGCCGACGGACUCGUCGUGUCCGCUGGGCGGCCAGGCUGCGUACAGCAACGCGCUCGUGGUGGACCCCGAGCGGCGGACCACGGUGGCCAGUCACUUCCGCACGAUGCACACGCCGCUCCGGACGCAGGAGGACUUCAUCAAUUCGUACAAGUCUGCGCGACGCAUCGCGCGAGGCAUCUCAGAGGAGUUCGACAUUGAUGUGUUCCCGUAUGCCAAGACAUACAUCUUCUUCGACCAGUAUGUGUCGAUCGUGCCGUUGACGGCCGCCCUGCUCGGAGCUGCCGUGACGAUUAUCUUCGCCGUCACCACGGUCAUCUUAGGGUCUGUGGCGACCGGAGCGGUGGUCACCGCCACUGUGGUGAUGAUUGUCGUGGACAUCAUCGGCACGAUGGCCGUGGCGGGAGUGUCCCUGAACGCAGUGUCGCUCGUAAACCUGAUCAUCUGCGUGGGCAUCGGGGUGGAGUUUUGCGCGCACAUCGCGCGGGCGUUCAUGUUCCCAGCGGAAGGCGUCAUGGAGAUGGUGCCGACCAAGUUCCGCGGCAAAGACGCUCGGGCCUGGGCAGCCCUAGUGAACGUCGGCGGCAGCGUCUUCAGCGGAAUCACGGUCACGAAACUGCUGGGUGUGUGCGUGCUCGCCUUUACGCACAGCAAGAUCUUCGAAAUCUACUACUUCCGGGUGUGGCUGGCGCUGAUCGCGUUUGCGGCGACGCAUGCGCUGAUCUUCUUGCCGGUGGCGUUGAGCUAUUUUGGCGGCGAGGGGUACGCUUAUUAG